AUGCCAGACUCAAGUAGAGCUCAUGAUGGGCAGGAAAGCUCCAAUAGCGCCAGCGACUUGGUGCAAUAUGCCAAAAAGCUUGUACCAACUAAAGCAGACCUGAAGAAGUUCUUCGCCUACAUACAUCUCCUGUUCUCUCUGGACUAUACGAUGUUCGACGUGUUCCUCAUCGUCUGCGGUGUGAUCUCCGGAAUCGCCGGCGGAGUGCCCUUCCCACUACUUGGGAUUGUCUUUGGUGAUUUAAUCAACGACCUCAAUUCGACCACUUGCUCCACUUCGGACAAUGCUUCGUCGGAUCUCUCGUCUAGCGUGCGCACUAAGGUCCUAUAUGUGGUCUAUAUCACCAUAGCAAACUUCUUCAUCAUUUACAUCUACACUUCAUGCUGGUGCUUGGUGAGCGAGCGUCUCGCGCGCCGCUAUCGCCGGCGAUACUUUGAAAGCAUAAUCAGACAGGACAUGAAUUUCAUCGAGUCCCUUCCUUCUGGCGAUGUGAUCUCUCGUCUGGUCAGCGAUAUCGAGACCGUGCAAAUGGGAUCCUCGGAGAAGGUGGGUCUGGUGAUUGCGACCGUUUCGUACUUUGUGACCUCGUAUAUCGUGGCUUUCAUCAAGGUGCCAAAGAUAGCUGGCAUCCUAAUAUCUGUGGUGCCUUGCUUCUUACUCAUGUCUCUGGUGGGUGGUCAUUUCAUCAAGAAAUAUGCGAGCCGUGUCACGGCCAAUAUCAAUGCAGCCACGUCAAUUGCCUCGUCCAGCCUGUCACAUUUGACCCUGGUCCACGCCUUCAACGCCAAUGACCGUCUGGAACAACGAUUCGCCACUUACCUCUCCAGAUCAUCCAUGGACGCGCUGAAAAAGGCCGGGACACACGCCGCACAGCUUGGAUUCUUGUACUUCGUCGCAUACUCAGCCAACGCCCUGGCCUUCUGGGAAGGUUCCCAGAUGAUUUCCGACUCGGUAGCCAACAGCAGCUCGGGGGUCUCUGUGGGCGCCGUCUAUACUGUUAUUUUUGUGCUCAUCGAUGCGUCAUUUAUCCUAAGUCAAGUCGCGCCCUUCAUCCAUGUAUUCGCCUCUGCAGCCGGCGCCUCGGAGCGGCUCCUGGCCGUGAUCAAUCGCCAGUCCGCCAUUGAUGGAACUGCGGACGAAGGUGAUCAGACGGCAGCGUUUGGAGAAGAGAACAUUGAGUUCCAUGAUGUCCACUUCUCGUAUCCGGCUCGUCCGGAUGUUCCCGUUCUGCAGGGAAUGAAUUUUGUCAUCCCCCCGAAGAAGCAUACCGCUAUUGUCGGACCCUCUGGCGGUGGAAAGUCGACGGUUGUGUCACUCUUGGAACGGUUCUAUGACCCCAAAUCGGGCGAUGUCACAAUCGGAGGCAAGAACUUUCGGGAUCUCAAUGUUCGACACUUGCGAGGUAACAUUGGUUUUGUCCAACAAGAACCGUCGCUGUUGGAUCGGACGAUCCUAGAAAACAUCGCGUACGGCCUGGUGUCCUCAUCCGCAGAGAGGCACCGGCGCCUAGCCCCAUUUAUUCUUGAUUCAAGCCUCCCGGAUCUUGCUGCAAGGGUAAGGGAAGGUGCGCCAGAGACAGAUGCUCUGACGGGCUUUGACGGUUGUGUGGCCGAGAUUGUACGACUAGUGAGGCAGGCGGCUGCCAGUGCUAACGCACUCAACUUCAUUGACGCCUUACCCCAUGGAUUCGCAACCAACGUGGGAACGGCAGGAAACCAGUUGAGUGGAGGCCAGAAACAGCGAAUCGCGCUUGCCCGAGCGCUCGUGCGAGAGCCAUGCCUGCUCAUCCUCGAUGAAGCUACGGCUGCCUUGGAUUCCACCAGCGAACAACUCAUCCAGGCUGCGCUGGCCAAGGUCUCCAAGAAGGUCACCACCGUCUCUAUUGCGCAUCGACUAGCCACUGCCAAAGAUGCACAUAAGAUCGUCGUUGUCCAGGCUGGGCGCGUUACGGAGGAAGGGUCUCAUGCGGAGCUUGUGGCCCGGCGCGGUGUUUAUGCAGACAUGGUACGGCUUCAGAAUCUGGGCAAAUUGAGUGUCGAAGACCUAAAGAUUCCCGGUGACAUGAUCCGCAGCGCACCUACAGCAAGCAGUCUCCAUGAAAGUGUGCAGCCCACUGAUGAGAAGGAAGCCUCGGUAGGUAUCGGCGGGUCAGACGUUACAGAUGACACGGUGGUCGUUGAGACGCCUCCGGGUUCCAAAGGUGGCGCUGAUGGCAGCACAAAAAAGAAACAGAAGCGUUCCGGCUGGUUCACGAUCAAGUAUACCUUCUCGCUAAUGCGAACUAACCUGCCGUUGAUCUUCCUCGGCCUCUGUAUGUCCAUUAUCAUUGGUGGCAGUUACUCGGCCGAGGCGAUCGUGUUCGGCCAUACGGUCGGCAGUUUAAGCCCAUGCAGACCUUCUUCUGCCAUCCGUGACAGUGGCGAUCUCUAUGGGUUGUUGUUCUUCGUCCUUGCCCUGGUUGAGCUUACGGCCAACGUGGUGGGCGGCUGCGCGUUUGGCUGGGCAGCCGAUAAGAUCCUGUACCGUAUCCGGGUGUUGUCUUUGCGGUCGUUGCUCAACCAAACCAUACAAUGGCAUGGCAUGGAAGACCGGACCCCAGGAACUUUGAUAACCUAUAUUACCGGCGAUGCUGCUUCAUUGAGUGGCAUUACUGGAUCCACCAUCGGUCUCCUCCUUGCUACAGCCGUGAACCUGGUGGCUGGCUUGGUGAUUUCUUUUGCCAUCGCAUGGAAGAUCACCAUCGUCCUGUUUCCGACCAUUCCCAUACUGCUGGUGGCAGGUAUGAUGAAGCUCCGUGUUCAGGCGAAGUUCGCCGAACGGCAUCAGAAGGCAUUUGCCAAGGCGACGGCCAUCACCGUCGAGGCCGUAGACAACAUCCGCGCUGUCGCUGCAUUCUCCCUCGAGAAGCAAUCCCAGGAAGUGUUUGGCCGAGCCCUGCGCCGCCCAUACCGAGAUACAAUGAAGGCCAUUGCACACGGCAACGCCUGGUUGGCGUUGGCAUUCAGUAUCAGCAACCUGGUUUAUGCCCUGGCGUAUUGGUGGGGAUCGAGGCAGGUGGCAUCGGGGCUGUACUCUCAGACCCAAUUCUUCAUUGUUCUACCUGCCCUGCUAUUCAGCACGCAGUCUUGUGGCCAGAUGUUUGCUCUGGCACCGGAUAUCUCCAAGGCCCGCCUUGCGUCAUCCAACAUUGUCGAGCUGCUCACCACCCGCUCCGCGGAAGAGGAGCUGGCGCCGGGUUCAAUGCAGAGCAUCCAGCCCCCCAGCAGCCUGCUCGAGGAGAAGGCCACCGUGCAGGAUGUGGAGGCCGCCGAAAAGCCGCACCGUACGGUCCGACGGGCGAAUGACAACGGUAUUGGCGCUCAGCUUCGUGGGGUGCAUUUUACCUACCCCAAUCGGCCCGAACGCCCGAUUCUACGAGGACUUAACAUCGACAUCAAGCCCGGUCAGUUCUGUGCGCUGGUCGGACCUAGCGGAUCGGGCAAGUCGACGACCUUCGCUAUGCUAGAGCGGUUCUACCGACCCACGUCCGGGUCGGUGAUCAUCGAUGGAGUCGAUGUGACUCGGCAACUAGGCACCGAGUUCCGUGACGAUAUUGCGUUGGUACCGCAGGAGAACGUUCUCUUCGAAGGCACAGUUGCGUUCAACAUUGGCCUCGGUGCUCGGCCUGGCCAUGAGCCGACACAGGAGGAGAUCGAAGAGGCGUGUCGGAUGGCCAACAUCCACGACGUGAUCAUGUCCCUGCCGGACGGGUACCAGACCAUGUGCAGCCACGACGGCAAGCAAUUCUCAGGCGGGCAGCGCCAACGCCUUUCUAUUGCGCGGGCGCUGGUGCGGAAGCCGCGACUCCUGCUGCUGGACGAGUCAACAAGCGCACUGGAUGUGGAGUCGGAGAAGAAGAUCCAAGAAGCGCUGGCGACGCUAGCGGGCCGUACGACAAUUGUAGCGAUCGCGCAUCGGCUGAACACGAUCCACCAGGCGGAUCAGAUCUAUCUGAUUGAAGAGGGCCGCUGCGCGGAACAAGGGACGCAUCAGGAGUUGAUCCAGCGCAGUGAGACGUAUCGGACAAGUGUGAUCCACCAGUCGCUGGAGACUUAACCCUGCCGUCAGACUGAAACACGGAGAUCUCAGAAGAGAAAAAGAAAAGAACCCCUGGAUAAUAAGACGGUGGUGACCCAGCUGGCCG